UGACGCUCUUGGGUGUGUUCACCUCUGACGUCUACUUCCACGUGACUUUACAACCAGGUUGGAAUCGAGGAAGGCGCCAGAUUUGAAGAUCGGUCUGCGAUCAAAUACUUUACCAAAUGGAUAACCCAAGACAGAAAGGUGUGUUUGAUCACCUGAUGAUGUUAGAGAGGAAAGAAGCGGCAAUUCUGCAAAGACAUCAGAAUGAGCGUCUGGAGGAACUGCGUACAACAGCAGCAACACUGCGUGCAAAAAAAGACAGAAUCCGAGUGGAAACAUCUGCAAUAAAGAAUCUCAAAGCUCAAAUGGACAAAGGGCUGCCACUGGAUGAUGAUGAAACUGCACACUUUGUUAAACUUGAACCAUAUCUGCUGAUGUCCAGGCGUAUGCAGCUUAGGGACCUUCAAACUGCCCACAGACUCAUUGCUGGAUACGACUUGUUCGAGAGCAAACAAGGCAAAAGUGUGUGUGUGUCAUUUCACACUGCUUUUGAGGGUGUUUGCUUGGAAACCUACAACAUGGAGAUGGACCUUAACCGCAUGGUGCAGAUCAGUCGUCAUAACAUCCCUCCAUGUAUCCCACUGGAGAAACUCGCCAAGGAGAAUCUACAGACUGAUUUUAAAGGCUUCCUGCAAACACUAGACCUACACCUUAAUGCUUUAGCUGGCCGCAAACAGCAGAUUACUCUCGUAAAGGAACUCGUUGGGACAGUAGAAAUCAUUGAAAAAAAUCAAUUGUGCAACUUUCUUGCCCUUGUGUGCAAAGCCCCAGCAGACACUGAUGAGGAUGUUCUGUGCACACUGGAGUAUGGUGACCUCACCCGAUGUCUCCCUACUCAUGUUGCCAUUGAUGGUGAAAAUAAAACACUUAUAGCAUCUCCACAGUGGAAGGAACACCAAGUAUUGCUCAUGGAGACUCCAGUUCACAGUGCUCUUUUGACCAUGAGAAAACUGGGAAGCAUUUCAUGAACAAGGCAGAAGCAAUUUCUAAAGACAUCCAUAUUUACACAGUAAAUAUGUGUCUAUAUGUCUGGGGACAAGAGGAAUGUGCAGUAUUAAAGGUAAUAAUUGUAAGGCUAGCAAAAAAAAUGAGUGUCCGCACAUUCUGAACGAACUACCAGAAAUAUUGUUUGGAUUUCUACCAUGUUCUGAAUAAAAAGUAGUAUUCACAUAACCAUAUUAAACUAAAGUUAACCUACAAUCAAAGGGCAGCAAUAAAAACAUCAAAUUCUUACAUAUUAUACUGUAAUUAGUUUUAUAAAUAUAUCUAUGUGUGGCUAAAUUGUUUCUAAUGUCCUGAAGAAUAUCUGCAUUUUCUGUUGCAGUUUUUCUCUGUACAGUCGUUUCAGACUUUCCUUAUUUUGCCUCCUCUGUUCUUCUUGGAUUGCUAGCUCUUUUUGUGAGAUGCUGUCAAUUAAGGCCAAGUCUUUUAGAUAUAUGAUGGAUAACUGUUUUGAUUUAGAAGUCUGUGGAGGGGCAGACACGGCUGAAUUUGAGAGCCUUGUUCCUAGCAGCUGUUCACUUUGAUUUGAAAGUGCUUCACUUGAAAACAUCCUUCUGCCAGCUGGGGCUGAUUUUGGAUACCGAACAUAUUGAAGAUCACUUUUUGAAGUUCUUGUCUCUGAUAUGGCUCUCAUUGUGUUGGUAAGAGUUGCGUAAGGUUCACAGACUCGUAAAUGCAGUAACCUUUUGUGUUCCAUUAGUAGGAAUUCUCUGUCUUCAUAAAGCAAUUUGAGCUCUAAUUUGUAUUUUCUUUGAAUUUGCUCCACUUUCCACUGAAGGUCAGUGUCCUCUUUGUGAUUCUUUAGCCUUGUGUCGAUAUACAGCAAAUGCUUUGAUUUUCUAAAGUUUGCCUUUGCAGUCAUAGAUGUUGAAAUGUUAUCCUGAAGUACAAUUGAGAAAAGAGACUUGAAAUGAUUGCAUGUUGAACUUUUAUAGUUUACAGAGGUUGAACUGCCAAGUCUACAUUGUAAAUAAAUAAACAAACAAAAUAAUCAAUGUAAUUAACAUACCUUAACUUGCAUCUUUUUUCCUUUUUUUAAUAAAAUAAAAGUUGUUUGGGUA